AUGUAUGCAAAAAGGAAGAAGGAAAUUUUGGAUUCCAGAAUGGAUGACUUUCUUGAGUCGACUAAAAAUUGGGAUUUGCACGAACAGUUAGAAAGAAAAAAGGAAAUGGAAAAAGAAGUUGAGGAAGAAAUGAUUGAGAAUGGACAAAAGGAUUAUCUAACACCAAGAGAAUUGGUAUUUUUCAGAUGUGCAAUUGGAUUAGUUUAUCAAAGUUUGGGUAAUGAUGAGUUGGCUCUUUCAGAAUUUAUGGAAGCCAAAAAGUUUGCUCAAGCAAUGAAUGACAGUGAUUCAUCAAUUCCAUUAAGUUGCAUUGGAAGUGUGUUCUAUCAUGUAGGACAGUUCUUACUAGCUCAAAAAUACUAUACAAAAUCUCUGGAAAUUAGACAGACCUAUUUGGGUGAAGGUGUUGAUACAGCAGUUUCAAUGAUAAACGUUGCAGCCUGUCUUCAAUGUGUGGGAGAUUUUCCUGCAGCUCAUGAUAUGUAUAAUAAGGGAAUUUCAAUUCUAAAUGAAAAGUUAGGACCCUCACAUCCUAGAAGCUCCAUAGCUAACAGAAAUUUUAACAGAUUUAGAACAAACUUUUUGAAACAGUAA